GUUGUCGUAGUCGUAGUCGUCGUUCGAUCGAGACGUGUAGUUUGUCGAGACCCGAGCUGUUCGUUCUGUCUGCCCGCGGUGCCGAAUCGAAUCCCUCUGGCAGACACAGGCACGGCCGACUGAGGUUCAGGUGUUUCGGCACUCGAUCUCGGCCAUUCUUGGCCUGUUGUCUUUACAGCAAUAGCGGCGGCGAUUUUGUGGUCGCUAGUUGAACUGUGAGUGGUGAGAAGUGUAGCAGAAGUGGGUGGCUGUGUUCAGCAAUAAACAUAGAGGAACUGUUCCACGAAGAUUUGCUGCCAAGUCGGCAUGAAAAUGGUCCUCUCACCGAAGUCCCGUGAGGAACUGCACAAGGCAAUUGCUGACUACCUCAGCAGUCAGGGCUUCAUGUCGGCGCUCGAGUCUUUCAAAAGAGAAGCGAAUCUUACUCAAGAGCAGGAUAAAACCGCAGCGGGUCUUCUAGAAAAGAAAUGGACCUCGGUCGUGCGAAUGCAGAAAAAGGUGUUCGAAUUAGAAUCGAAAAUCGCCGCCCAAGAAAAAGAAUACAUCAGUGGAGCCCCAACGCGGGACAAACGGUUGCCGUCAGAAUGGAUUCCCCGACCACCCGAAAGGUAUUGUUUGUCGGGACAUCGAGGACCAAUCACAUCCGUCAUCUUCCAUCCAACUUAUUCUAUGGUGGUGUCAACUUCGGAAGACGCUACAAUCAAGCUGUGGGAUUACGAGAGCGGAGACUUUGAGAAAACGCUCAAGGGUCACACCGACGUCGUCCAGGAUUUAGCCCUAGAUCCUAAUGGCGGGAAGCUGUUGGCGUCGUGCUCAGCGGAUAUGACGAUAAAGCUGUGGGACUUCGAGAGCUACGAAUGCGUUCGUACAAUGCGCGGUCAUGACCACAACGUCAGCUCCGUGGCCUUCUUGCCUUCGGGGGACCAUCUAGUGUCCUGUUCUAGGGAUAAAACAAUUAAAGUAUGGGAGGUGGCAAGCGGUUAUUGUGUAAAAACACUUACCGGUCAUCGGGAAUGGGUUCGUCGGAUCUCGUGCCACAGCGACGGCUUACUGCUGGCGUCGUGCUCUCAGGAUCAUUCGAUCCGGAUCUGGGCCCUCGAAGCCAAGGAAUGCCGCCAAGAGAUGCGUGAACACGAGAACACGGUCGAAUGCAUAGCUUGGGCUCCGGAAUCUGCCGCCGAGGCCAUAAAUCAAGCUGCCGCUCCAGACAACGCUUCUGACAAGAAACGGCAGGGACCGUUCCUCGCGUCUGGGAGUCGGGACAAAUCUAUAAAAAUUUGGGACGCCUCUACCGGUCAGUGUCUGCUCACCCUAACAGGGCACGAUAACUGGGUGCGGGAUCUCAAAUUCCACCCAGGUGGAAAGUACCUCCUCAGUGCAUCCGAUGACAAAACUGUAAAAGUUUGGGAUCUUAAAUCUCGUCGUUGCUGCAAGACGUUGGACGCUCAUGAUCACUUCUGCACUACCAUGGAUUUCCAUCCUACGGCACCGUACUGUGUCACGGGAAGUGUCGACGAAAAAGUCAAAAUUUGGGAGUGCCGUUGAAGUUAAAGACUUCGUCAGAGAAGGAGUUCAAGCUCUUCUGUCAUCUUCUCCUCCCUUUCAAUCUACCGUAUCCGGACAAGUGUGUUCCCAUUCGUCCAGUCAAUAACAUUCUCACCAAAUGCUGCAACGUUCAACGGCGUAGCGUCCUCUCCGCGGACUCCGUUGACUCUUCACAGAAGCAGGGGAAAGAACAUCUUAACAUAAAUCUCGACUCCGUCGAAAUUCGGAUUAUACCGCCUGCGAGCAUCGAUCAGUCGAACGAUCCCGGAUACCGUUCCAAAUGUUGAGAACAUGUGAGCGAAUCCCACCCGGUGCUCUGAUAUUACAGAGGAGGGGAACAAGGCGAUUGCCGCGCGAUCCACCGAGAUCGAAUCGCUUCUCGAAUGUCAACUCUUCGUCGCGAUGUCCCCCUCUCAAGAUUCCUUGCGGGAACGAUCGAAGUACAGAUUAUAUGGACUAAUUUUUAGAACCGCUGUGAUGUGUGAGGAGUAGGGAACAGUGAUACCAAGCAAGAUGAAUAACGCCUUAAAUGGCGAAGACUCCAUUAAGUAAGAAUACACGGGAGCACACGACACCGAUCCGUGGCACAUGGGAGAUCGAUUCUAAAUGGGAGCGAAACAAGAACGAUUAUGAGAGAAACUUCGUGUUUUACGCACAGCAGGUUGUGUUGCCGACCCGGAUGGUUGAGGUUGGCCAGGCGGAGACGGGGUGUGAAGUUGAGCACGAGCGAGACGCUAGAGAAGAGUUGGAGGGGAAAAACUCAAUACAGAGGAGGAGAGAUAAUCCAAAUGAGCGAUCGAACGGAGAAGAGCGUGCAAGCUACAUAGGAAGACCCAUAAAGGAACGCGAAGGUCAGAUGUCCACAGGGGUUGGGUCUGGGAGAGUAGAAGACAUUUUCACACAGGGAAUUCGAGCUGAUGUUCACGGCGAGCCAUUCGCAAUCUGAGCUAUUUCCAUCGGUCUGCAUCCUGUUUUCGGGAACGAAAUUUCCCGCGGCCUGACGACCGGAGCUAGUGGCUGUAAUCAAAGUGUUUUGGUCCGUUCGUGAGGAACUAUCGAUCAAAGAGUCAGGGGUCUCGUUUUUGGUUGAAAUAAAAAAAUCCGAAUAUUAUGCACAAAACCUAUCAUGCUCGCGCUGGGCGGCAAAAGGUACGU